UAUUACUCAAUCUAUUCCAUUAAUGAGGUCUUCAGAGUUUUGGGAUCAUAAUAUCGAAUUACAAUUCAAAAAAUGGCUUACAGAAUAUUAUGAUUGGCUCAAAAACUCAGAACAUGGUCGUAUAGAACAUAAUGCAAAAAAUAAUCAUGGUUCAUUUUAUGAUGUUCAAGCAAUUUAUAUUCUCGAAUAUAUUGAUCAAAUAAACGAAGCGAAGGACUUUGCUCAGAAGGCAAUAAUAAAUAGAGUUAAUACAGGUAUACUUGCUAAUGGACGACAACCCCAUGAAACUGAUCGUCCCACAAGUUGGUUUUAUUCGAUAUUUAAUCUGCAUGCAUUGUUCUUGCUGGCUGAAAGAGCUACGUAUUUAGGAUUUGAUGGAUGGAACUAUAAAGGAGAAAAUAAUCAAAGCAUAAAAACCGCC